CCUCCCCGCAGAGGGACCCUGGACUCAGCAGGGAACUAGAAUGUCACUGGGGGUAGGAAGCGCGUGUCGCCAGUUGCAAGAUAAGUUUUAUCAGCAAAAGUGUGUAAAUCAAUUUUUUUAUCAGUUAAAAUAAAAGGCAAGCCUCUGAGUCGGGCGGGCGCCUUCUCCCGAGGAGCCACUUGGUAUUUAUGACGUCAUGCGCGGCCACACAGAUCACCAGCUGAGGAACUCGCCGCUCUGUCCGCUCAGACAGGUCAAUAACUCCCCCUAACGAGGCAGGGCGGACCGAGUGGCCUCGCGGCGCCCACGGCCCACGGCCGGACGCUCCCCACGCCUGCCCUCCGGAGCCCACGCCUCCACCAGCUCUGGACUCGCCAGGGGCAGAGGCUGUGCUGCACCGAAAAGCAGGGGCUCUGAGGGCGAGUGCCGGCCACCUGCCCCCGGGGCCUGAGGAUGACCCCAGCUCCCCUCCUGGCCUCCUCCCCGGGCCCAGCACGCGCCUGGCAUGUGUCGAGGCUGAGUCACCCCGGCUGGCCGUGCCCCUCGGAGCCCGGGCCGUGGCCACCGCCCCAGAAGGAAGGGUGGGUGCCCGCUAUGCUGGAGGAGCUCGAGCCUCCUGGGAACUCGGGAACCCCAUUUUUGAGGCCCGCCCAUGGCCCCGCCCCUCCCCAGGAGGGAAAAGGAGCCGCCAGCCGCUCAGCUCACAGGCACUGGGAGGACCAGAGGACAGACUGCGGUUGCCACUCCAGGCCGGGCCAUGGACCCCCACGAGAUGGCGGUCAAGAACCCCUACACCCACAUCAGCAUCCCCCGGGCUCACCUGCGGCCGGACCUGGAGCAGCAGCUGGGGGCAGCCCCCUGCUCCUCAGAGCUGCAGCCUCUGUCUGGGGGUGCCUGCGCCCUGGAGCCCGGCCGCCUCCUGCAGCCCAUCGAGGGGGCCAAGGGCGCCAAGGGGGCCAAGGGGGCCGCCCCUGUCCAGGGCCAGCUGUCCUGGCAGCAGCCUGGCAACCCCUACUGCAGCGGGCGCCCGGCGGGACUGACCUACACUGGCCUGCCGCCCAUCGGGCGCGGAGACGACAUCGCCCACCACUGCUGCUGCUGCCCCUGCUGCUCCUGCUGCCACUGCCCGCGCUUCUGCCGCUGCCACAGCUGCUGCUGCGUCGUCUCCUAGCCGGCCCCCCCGGGCUGCGUCUGCUCCGGCGGCCCUGGCAGCGCAUGGACAUUUGAGGCACCCGCUGGGCCAUCGACAUGGGUGCCGGCCACCUCCCACUCUAGACAGGGACACCUGCGUGCCACCCAGGCCAGCAGCUCAGCUCGGGCCUCUGGAAAGGGGGCCCUGGGCGCUGGCGUGUGGCAGCCGGGUACCCCGACCCCUCCCUCAAGGCCCGAGCCGGGUAAUAAAGCAGAGUGCGCUUUC